CAUUGUAAUAAAUAUUCAUGUAAUGAGACAAUUUGUAUUAAUAUUCAGAAGACUGAACAUUGUGAAAUACACUUCCUACUUUCUAAGUAUAUUAAUUAAAUCAGUUCAAAUUCCUUGGAAAAAUUUUAUUGUUAAUAAUUAAUUAAGUUUUUUGCAAUAAUACAAUCAUUAAAGUUGAGUAUGAUUGAAGAUGAAUCAACCAGUGAAGAUUCCGAUGGAGAAAAGAAUUAUAUUAAAAAAAUGCGACAUGCUUUCGAAGAAACUCUAAUAGAAGACAAAAAAACAUGGGAAUCUCGUUGUCUUCAUGAAAUCCCUUACGAUUGUUUAAGUAACAUCAUUAAAAUGACUUAUCCAACAAUUGUUUUAGAAGACUAUGAUGAUAUAUUAAAUGAAUCAAUGUGGAAAGAGUGUUAUCAAUCAUAUAGACGAUGGAAAUCCUGUGUAUAUCAAAAUCUUUCAGAAGAAGUAAUUCUAGAGAUUCCGGAGAUUACAGAAAAAUCUGUCAGUUGUUUAGCCACUUGUAAAAAAUAUAUAGCAAUUGGUACAACAAUGGGAGAAAUUAUUAUUUACGAUCUAAGUAAUCCAAACGUAGCUCCAAUAGAGUUUCAGUAUGAAGGAAAGAUCAUUCAAAUGGUUUUUUGGAAACCAAAUUUGAAUAAGUUGUUACUUGUGUCAUUAUCAUCUUCGUCCGAAGUCAAGUUUUGGGACAUUCGAAAACAGCAAGAAUUUGAAAAAAAAAUCUUAGUCAACGCAUCUAAUAUAUGUACUGGAACCAUGCAAAAUUUAUUUAUAGAAAGUGAUGGACUGGUUGAAUGUUAUGAAUUUGGAAUGAUGGAUCAUGAAAAUCAUCUUGCAAAUCGGAAGAAAAUAAAAGUAGUAUUACAGAAUAAAGAAAAAAUAGCACGAAUGUUUUCUGAGAAACAUGAAAUGUUGCUUAUAAGCAUAUACACUAUACAUGUAAGGACAUUUCAUAUAAACGUACCAACACAUAGUAGUCCAUUCUUUAAAAUUAUUAGAACUUCUCCAUACAUUGAAUUAUUUGAAAAUACAAUCAACAUUGAUUCCUAUCAUUUUCACAUGCCAGCUAUGAAUCUUACCAUAGGGUCAUUUACUCAUAACAAUUUUACGGAUAAUAGCCUGGGGUUUUUAACUACAAAAAAUGAUAGUUGGUAUCUUAAUAAUUCAACAUUUGGGAAAAAUAUUCAAUCGGUAGCCAUGCAUGCGAAUCUUUUAAUUUUAGGUUCCAAAACAGGAAAAAUAAAAAUAAUCCCAGUUGAUGAUGAAAGAGUAUUUGUUUCUCACAUUGAAAUGUAUUGGUCUCAUGAAAUUAAAUUAGAAGAUAAUCCAAUUACUGGAUUAAAUUAUACAGAGUUUAAUAAAAAAACAUAUAUUAUUGUAGCAAGCAAAAAAAGAGUAUACAUGAUAUAUCCGUCACGAAGAAAACAGAACAGUAUUGGUGAAAGUCAAUCACAAAGUCAAUAAAUAGCCAAAAAAUUCUAAA